CCUUCCCGUCCCUUCCUUCCCGGGCUGUCGGCGGCUGCGGGCGGUGGACCAGCGGAUCGGCGGGCGCCCUCACCUCGCUCCCUCCCUGGCCGGAGGCUUCCUUUUGUCUCUCCGGGCGGCGAUGGUCUCAGGGCCGGCUUAGCUGUUGCGGGCACCCAGACGCCGGCAUUCCUAAGCCACCUCUCCGGCUUCGGUGCUCGUUCCGGGCAACGGCCGGUCGCUCCGCCGCUGCCGAACUUGGGCUCCAGAAGCCGGUGGACCGUGUCCUGCGCCGGAGCCGGGGCAUGGUCUAGCAGCCUGGUCCAGCCUGUGCAUCAGCCCCCAGCAGUUCUCACCCCUGCCCUGUCUUAGCCUCUGCUUGGCCUGAGGUAUAGUGUCCACUGCCAACCACCAUGGGCAAACAAAACAGCAAACUGAGGCCUGAGGUGCUGCAGGACCUGCGGGAGAACACUGAGUUCACCGACCACGAGCUGCAGGAGUGGUACAAGGGCUUCCUUAAGGACUGUCCUACUGGCCACCUGACCGUAGAUGAGUUCAAGAAGAUCUAUGCCAACUUCUUCCCCUAUGGCGAUGCCUCCAAGUUCGCUGAGCAUGUCUUCCGCACCUUUGACACCAAUGGUGAUGGCACCAUCGAUUUCCGGGAGUUCAUUAUUGCACUGAGUGUGACCUCUCGGGGAAAGCUGGAACAAAAGCUCAAGUGGGCCUUCAGCAUGUAUGACCUGGACGGCAACGGUUACAUCAGCCGCAGUGAGAUGCUGGAGAUUGUACAGGCAAUCUACAAGAUGGUGUCCUCUGUGAUGAAGAUGCCUGAAGAUGAGUCCACUCCAGAAAAACGAACAGACAAGAUCUUCAGACAGAUGGACACUAACAAUGAUGGCAAACUGUCCCUGGAAGAAUUCAUCAAAGGUGCCAAGAGUGACCCGUCCAUUGUCCGGUUGCUGCAGUGUGACCCCAGCAGCGCUAGCCAGUUCUAAGCGGACAGGCCUCUGGACAGUUGCGGAGAAACACAGGCUUGUCUUGCCGUCUUCAGCUUUGCUUGCAAAAGUGAACGCUCCGCCAUUGUUCCUGCUCUCCCUGGACCUGGCUCCAGGCAACACAUCACAUCUGCCUGGUCCAGCCAGCUGUGGCUCCCUCCUUCACCUGACAAAUUCGAUGUCCCCUCCUUCCAUUCCAGCCCGAUUCAUUCCAAGGCAGCUCCCAGAGAUGCAGUUCUCACCAAGGGUUCAAGUGUUCAUGACUCCAGGGCUCCCUCCUGCGUACAGAGGGCCCAGAGGCCAAUGUCCAGGAUACCAGGCAAGACUUUCCAGUAUCAUACUGAGACCAGCUAAUUUAUUCUGUGAUCUCAGGUGACUUUGUGGGAUG